CAUCUAUUUUCGCGUUUAAGACAAAAGAUAAAUUUAAUUUCAUCACAUUAUUUAAGUCAAGCAAAAGUCAUCUAAUUAAAGCGUAAUUAUUAAGUAGAAGUUAUUACUUCGCUUCGGUUUGAGAAGUAUUUCAGAUAGAUUCAGAGUAUCUUUUGUGUUUUCACCGGACACACGAGUUUUAUGUUUAGUUUCUCCACUCCUUCGUACAAUUUUCGAAGGAUUUUUGAUAUCUUUUCAAGUUUAUCCGAAUCCUCUCAUAAUCUUUCUUAUUGCCUCAAACUCAUUUUUUAAAAAUCUCUUUUCAGGCACGGAUAGAACGACUUCGAGAACGGUCGGCUAACCGUUCAGGAAACAAUACGUUUCGCCGCCAGUUUGCAGAACAUGAUCACUCUGGCCGUACUGCAAGUGCUUCUCCUUCUUUGGGAACCUCGCGAAAUCCAAGCACUCUUAUGACAACUUCGUGUGUGGUGGCCUUUGGAAGCAGCGCUCCGCGCUCUAUAUGUACGCAACCAAGUGCAGCAGCUUUACGUUUGAAACAGGCUUUUGAAGCGCGAUUAGCUAGCUACCUUACCGGUCGACAUAGUGGGUGCUUUUUUACAGCAGCUGCAGCACCUUAUUAUUCGUGCUUUAUAGAUACAUCACAUGGACCUCGGCCUCAAAUCUCUGUGUAUAAAUCGAGGCCCUGUAAUCGAGGUGUAACGCAGUCUAGGCGAGCUGCUUCAGCUCAUGCCUCUGUUUUGCGUCAUACUAAGUCUUCAUUCACUCGGGUUACUCAUGCUCGACGUCAACAAAAUUCUCUUACUAACAAAGACACUGUUUUCAAAAAUGGUCAACCUAUCAGCACUAAAGUCUUGAAAUCCCCAAACACUACCACAGUUCCUGAUGGGCACAAUGUCGAGAGUAAUCGAACCAGUGAAGGUUUGUCUGCAUCCCUAUCGUGCCUGCUACCCCCGCAUACGAAAACGUUGUUUUCUCUGAAACGGAGUAUCAUAUGUCAUGCAUGCCGACUCUUAUAUCUCUCAUAUAUGCUUUUAUAUAUGUUCAGCUUUCAUUCAUUCAUGCGGUGAAGCUUCUCUCAUACUUUUAUUCGGGUUUUCUCAAGCUAAUUAUACUUGCAUGCUACUCUUUAAACGUAGAUAUUUACACUAAUGUAGUCUAAAAUGUAAUUUUAUUAUUUUGGUAGGAUAGAAAGUCAAUUUAUCAUUUCGCCACCAUAUAAUACUCAGCAUUCUCAAUAAACUGGUGAUUAACUUUUUGUCGCUUGUUUAGUGCACUCACGAUUUAUCUUAAUCCGCAUUUUAACUUUCUGUUCUGGAGUUUUUUAAACAUGCAUCCGUGUGUUUACAAAAUUAACUUGAAUCAAUUUAACCAGGAUCUUUCUUGUAGUAUUUCAAUAUUAUUUGUUGCAAAAGCUAUCAUGCUAUUUGGAUAUUCUUGUCUUAUUAUAAAUUUAUUAUCCUUUAUUUAAAAUAUCUCCGAAUUAAAAGAGUUAUUCAAUGUAAGUUUUAAAGACUAAUCAUGGUUGUUGGCUUCCUAAAUUUAUGUUUCACAUUGAUUACUAAGUUAUCUUUAUGCAUACGUUAAGUCUUUUAUAGUGAGGCUGUUGUAUUUAAUAAUAAUGAACCUGGAUAAUAGUUUGCUUUCAAUGUUUUAGUGUUGUUUGCAAGUUGACAGUUUAGUUAUUGUAAUGCCUAAAAGCCCCUAAAUGCCCUGGUACGGCCGAGAGUGGGGAGAGUCCGCUCUCCCUCUCGAAAUGCUCUCAUAUGGCCACGCGUAUAUAUCCUAUGCCAGGGAAGUCCUACUCACUGCCUUCUCGUGGGGGGGAUGUUGUUUACAGAAUUGAGAGGACGAAAAGCGGAUGUCCGGCAUUUUAGCCGGGUUGGUGGACACUGAGAGUCCACCUAUUUUAUUUUAUUAUUUUAUUUUAUUUGAACACAUAUAUAUUGGUACAGGAGUGCGCCAAAUAUAUAUGCGCCACACAAGUUCAGUUCAUUAAUUGCGUGUGGGCUGCGAUACUGCCCGGGUGCCCAGACCGAAGCAGGUGGUUAUCUUAGGGGGCCACUCCCCGAGCCUUUGACUUAAAGAUCUGACCCACAAGGCAGUGGAGCAUCGUAAGGAGAUGCAGUCCCAUGGUAGCCAGUGACCGAAAAUUGGUUCAUACGCCAUUUGUUCCCGCAGGAUACUGGUGCCCAUGUGCACCAUAGAUUUGGAAUCAGAUUAAAGCGCCGGACAUUCGCUUUUCGUCCUCUCAUUUUCGUAAACAACACUAAUGCCACGAGAAGGCAGUGAGUAGGACUUCCCUGGCAGAGGCUGUAUACGCGCGGCCGUGUGAGAGUAUUUCGAGAGGGAGGGCAAACCCACCCCACUCUUGGCCAUACCAGGGCAGUUGGAAAACCCUGAUUCCAAACCAAUGGUGCACAUGGGCUCCAGCAUCCUGAGGAAACAAAUGGCGUAUGAACCGGUCGUUGGUCACCGGCUACCAUGGGACUGCAUCUCCUUACGAUGCUCCACUGCCUUGUGGAUCAGACCUUCAGGUCGAAGGCUCCGGGCGUGACACCUUAGGAAAACCACCUGCUUCGGCUUGGGCACCCGGGCAGUAUCCCAGCCCUCACACAAAUCAAAUGAGAUUUGUGUGGCGCAUAUGUAACUGGUGCCCCCUCGUACCAGUAAUUAUGUGUUCAAAUAAAUAAAAUAAAUGCUUACAAAGUAAACUAAGUAACUAAUUACUGCUCCAUCAUAAAAUAGGAUUGUCAAUGGGAUGAGUAGACUUCAAGUUAUAGAUAUGUUAUAAAUGAACUUUCAUAAAUCUGUGGUUUUUAAUGUAGCAACCACUGAAUCGAAAGACAAUAAGUUUAAGUUAAAUGUGCCUUAGCUUCACAUGUAUACCAUUAAGUUUGUGUAUAUUUCUUCUAGCAUCUCGUUAUCAAUUUUGUUCGCUUUCUGAUGUGUUCACAUGUAUAUGAGUGCGAGUAAAUACGGUUAUUUUUCUAACUUUCAUUGAAUUUGCUCAAAACUCAUUAAUUAAACUAUAAUACAUUGCUUUUCAUAUUUAUUUUCGGUGUCUGUCAUAUCACAUCCUGUGAUUAGUUGAAAGUGUUAUAUAAAUCAAUAAUGUGGUAAUCUGCCUGCCUGUUUAUUCAUGAAAAAGAAAUCUGUUUGUAUCUUCAUGUUGUACUGUUAUUUGCUACUUAAUUGAUUUAUUUUUAUCUUUUUGGUUUAGAUCUAUUCAAAUCUUUUGAUAAGUUUAGUUUGUAGCUUACUAAUUUAUCGUAAAUAUAUGGGAUUGAGUUAGCCAUGUUGACAGUUUAGCAGUGAAUAGAGAUAUUAGUGGUUUUGUAUUUGUAGUUUUUGGUGUUGCUGAUCACUUAUUAAAAACAACGUAUCACACACGGGAUUUUGUAGUUCAUAGUCUUUCAAUUCUAUCAAUAACUUAUUCGUCAGUUGUCAAGUAAAUCAGCUCGAUGUUUGAUCAUUUUUACAUGAUUACCUCACGUCUUAAUUGGGGUCUAACAGUACUCAACUCAUAUUUUAUUUAGAAUCAGGAUUACAGAGUUUAAGCAACAUUUGUGUGUAUUGUAAUUAGUGUAUAGUGCAUUUCCAAAUAUGUUUUAUUCGGUGUACUGGUCGUUUUCAUCACCUCAGCUUAUUUCAUCAAAUCAAUCUGGUCACUUUAUCCAUUCAUCGUGAAAAUAAUCUCUUAAUUAAAUCAUCGUAGGUGUUUUAAUUGCAUGCCGAUUUUUGUCAUCAUACAUAUGUUUUUUUUAAACUCCUAAACGGUCUACCACUUUUAAUUUUAGUAAUUUCAAGUCGAUCUAAUUCAUCCAACGAAUGUGAUAAAAUUGGGCGUCUUAAUCAUCAUCCCAAAGUGCCAAAACAUAUUAUUGCACCCGCAAAUACAUCGAAAACGAAAGAACAUACAGGUAAAAUAUCGCUUUCAUGUUUGUGAUGUUAUUACUAUACUCAUUUUUCUCAUUUCCUUCAUUAAUUCUUGACCAAAAACUCACCUCUCUGACACCAUUCUUGGAAAAAAUACGCUUAUACUCAAACAUGUCUUUGUUCAAAACAUACUGAUAGCUUUUAAUAUCUGUAAACGUUUUAAGUUCCGUGGUGUUUAUAAUCGACUUUUUUUCGGAUUACGAGCUCUCCUAAUAGAUUUCUAAGCACUAGUGUAGUUGCGUUCUCAAAUCUCAUUUCUAUUUGAUGAUGCCCAGAAAGACAAUGAAAACUUCAUACUUAAAUCAUCCAGCUCAGAGAUUGGAAUUCCUCCAAAACCACUCAUUUGAGUCACAAAUCUUCCCCAUCAUCUCUAGAUAUUCCCUCGAUUAAAAAGUGGAUAUUUUGAAGAUGGUUAUCAGUGGAAUUUACUCUUUUUGGGCAAAUCAGGAAAAAAGGUUGGUACAUUUAACUAAUGAGCCUUAAAUAGGACAGCAUUCUCAUUCUAGAUUCUAAUGUUAGCUGUUAUCCAAACUAUUUACUAUCUUGAUAUCUCUCAUCGUUCAUAUUGAACGUUUACUCUUUGUAGUUUUAAUUACUUGGGUUAUUCUAUAUUUUGAACUUUAUAUGUCAGAAUUAGUACCCACGGAACAUUUAACAACCUUUACAGUCUUUCUCAUUCUCGUCUUUGACUUGUUUACUAGCUCUACUUUAAAUUUGUCAGAGUAAUUUCUCGUGGAAUCAGUUACACUAACUCAUUUACAUUCAUUAAUUAGCCAUAGAUGAAUAGUCAUCCACCAUAGAGAAUGAACAGUUUUCGUGAGCUAUCAUGAAUUGUUUGAAGUUAGACAUUACACCAUUGUGUGACGGCUCAAUGGUCUAAAGGUUAGGCGUCUGCGUGUGAGACUUACUGUCUUUUAUUCGAUUCUUUGCGGUGGGAUUGUGGAUCCCCACUGUUGAUGAGUCCUAUCCUAAGACAAAACAGGUGUUUAUCGCUCCCAGGUUUCCCGUGGUAGUCUAUCUAAAAUCAGUUCGUAAUUUAAGUUAUGAAAACCCCCUUGUCGUAAAAAUAGAUCAGAGUGACGAUUAUCUCCAGAGUUCGUUUGUCUCUAGAUUUUCUAGUAGAAUCUGUUUUCAGUAAUCUUCAUAUUCAUGAAAUUGUUACUGAAUUGUAAUCAAAUCACAAAAUUUACCUUAACGGUAUAAAAUUCUGUGAUCAUGAUAUUUGUAAUGAUUUAUGGAAAAGUGAUCUACUUCCUUAACUUUUUCAAAUUUGACCAAGUGUUCAGUUGUAUUUCGAAAUUAUUCUAAAUGAUCAUUUAUGUGGAAAGUUCGAUGUUGUUGUUGCUGUAAAGAAACAACUCAUACAAUGUUAUUCAAAAUAAUGAAUUGAAAAUUCGCUUAAAUUUUCCAGGUCGGUGACACAUUGUUGUUACAUCUGAUUUAUUCAAUAGCGAAUUUUACACUAAACGUCUUAGAUGUUUUUUCUUCUUCAAUAUUCUGUUGAUGUUUUAUAUUCUCAAUGACUUCAUUUAGUUAAGUGUGCAUCCUAAAUGGUUUGUGUUGUGAUUUUUUUUCUUUUUCAACAUUUUUAUGAUAAAUAAAAGGGACUUAGUUUGAACACAAUUUACUUUUCAAUUUGAAUCUAUAUCAUUUAGUUUUCACUUAGUUUCAUUUACGAAUACUAUAGUGACACGAUAGCUGACAUUCUCCAGAGUACAAUAUUCAGUUAAUUGAUGAAUAUUUUUACCGUGAGAUCAUUUGUAUAUAGUUUUUAGUUGUUUAACAAUAUACCAUAGGACAAUUUUAAGCUAAAUAACAUUUAACUUGGUCACUUAGGAGAAAAUAGCUCAUUUUGGUGUUCUCGUGUAAUUGAUUAAGUUUUGUGUUAAUUCAUUAAUCGAAAUCUCAUUUGGCAUAUUGCUUCAUCUUUUCCUUCAAAGAAUAAGCCGAUUAUUUAAGAUAAUCAACUGUGAUUUUACUACUUGUGAUUUUUCUAAAUCAAGGAAAUUCUAUGAAUAUCAAUACCUAAUCUCAUCUGUUAUAGCUAAGUUGGAAAAUAUGGUCCCACCUUCAGAUUCCACUAGUUCUACACGUUCCAACUCUAUUGAGAGACGAUCUAGACAACCAACUAUUUCUGUAUUCGAACGUUUAACAAUGUCUCGUUCUGUCACUACUUCUGGAAACGUUACGACAAAUAAAGCAAGACCUGUCCAUUCGUCUGCUAGUACUGUGCAUGUGGCAAAAAGACCCGAAUCUAUUCGAGAAUCCAAACGUAAUGGUAACUCUGUCGUGCCACCUGUGAUGUCUAAAUCCGUUUCUGGUGAUGCGCUACAUCUGCGCCACCAGAAGAAACCAGUGCUCCCCUCGAAACCCCUCUCACCGCCCUCUUAUCCAACCAGAAUCCAGGAGCCAGAAACAGCUAUUUCCAGUCUUCCUCCGUUACCUCAGUCUUCAUCUGAGUCAGAAAGUGUUACUCAAGUAGCUGAAGAUAUCUCUGUUACAAAAGUGCCUUGCAGCGACUCUACUCCAUCUCCUUCAUCUCAAGUUAAUGAUGUAAAGAAUGAAACUUCGUCCACUGUUGCACAAAUAGGUCCAAUUAAGGCUGAGACACGUGGUUCAGGUGAAGGUGCCAUUUUAUCUGAAAAUGAAGCAGCAAUUUAUCGUGCAAAACUUUUUAAACAACGUCGCUUAGCAAAAGAGCGAAUGGAAGAAGAAAAAAGACGAUUGGAAGAGGAGAGUCGUAAUCGACGAAUCCAACAAGAGCAAGCUGGUUUAGCUGCCGAAGCUGAAGAAGCUCGUUUAAAAGAAGAACAGGACGCUCGUUUGGCUGAAGAAGCUCGUUUAAGGGAGGAGCAAGCUCUUCAUGAGGCUGAAGAAGCUCAACGUGCAAAAGAAGCGGAAGAAGCCGCUAGGCUUCAAGCAGAAGAAGCAGAGCGCCUUGCAAAAUUGCAACGUAGUGAAGAAGAAAGAGUUUUACGCAAGAAAAAGUUGGACAGUAUUAUGUCUCGUGUCAAAAGACCAAUGAAGUUAACAUCUGAGGCAACUAGUGAAUCUGGGUCUACAACCAAUCUUCAAUCAACGGAUACCACACAGUCAUCUUUAGUGGCUGAUACUACUUGUGCUUCGCCUGAUAGAAUCGUUAACCAAGAACCAACUAUAGGUGUUGAAGCACCUAAGGUGGGGAUCAAUCCAUCAGAGAUUUAUGAAACUUCUAAUGGCAGAGUCAUUUUUACUGUUGACGGUGGAAGGGUGAAUGAAUCUUCGUCUUCACUUAAUGACGAAUCUGUCAACCAGUCAUCUUUUUCACACACAAUUACUGAAAACGAUUUGAAAAAUAAUGUAAAUAACACUUUUGAAGAUCUCGUCUCCAGUACUACUAUUACUACUACUACCAUCAAUGGAAAGUCGAACAAUAAUAACAAUGCACCAUUAAGUAAUGUGACUGAUGCAGAAGCAACAACACAAGUGACAAGCAAUUCAGAUUUGACAAUGAUAAGGAAUAGUUCAAGUGCUAGUCAUAGAACACCACAAUUCAAAUCUGCGUUAUUGCAAUCUAUGCUAGGCGCAGGUCGUUUGUCUGCACAUGCUAAAGAUGCUGUUGCUGGAUUAAGACGUAAUUCUUCUCAAAUACAAAAUGAUCAAAGUACAAAUGAUAAUUGGCCUCAACAUCAUGAACAUAGUGAUUCUACUGUGUCUAGUUUCUAUUCAGUUAAUAGUACACUUAUUCAGGACUCUGGUGAUUCUGUAAAUAUAAACAAUAGUUCUUCAAUUAUGCAUUCUGUGCCGGACACAUCUAGGCAUUAUCAGCAUGAUCUACCUCACCUUAAUGGAUCAAAUGUUAUGCAGAAGUCUGGUAAUCCUGUAUAUUUGUGGUCGGAAGAUCCUGAUCAUGAAGUUUCCAAACCCGAUUCAUUGUCUUCUGUUCCUCUCGAUACAUCAACUCAUUGAAUUUUAUUGCGACUAGAAAAAUCACACAUGUAUUCGUGAAAUAUAAAAGUUGGUGAAACUUUAAUUCAAAUGCUUCCAUGCUUCUACCUAACUAAAUUGAUCCAUCUUACUGUGUAUUAUUCUAAGCUUUCCAAGUGAUUAACAAACAUUGAUUCCACUAAGUAGUUUUUGCUCUGUACUCUCUCUUUCUCAACUCCUCCCCGUCUAUCACUACAUAUAUACAUAAACAUGAAAUUUUAUUCCAUUUUUUAUUUAAAAAAAGAAAAUUAGUAAGAAAAACUCAUUUGCACAGUUUUUAUCGCAGUUCCCUAUUUAACAUGUACAUCGAUAGCUGAAGACUGUGCACACCUCCGUGUGUAUUGAUUCAAUUUAUUUGUUAUUAUUUAGUUAUGAUGAUAAUAAUCAUAAGAUACCUCUUCGAAUCUUUUUUCAUCGCUAUUCUAGUUGUUAAUUCUGGUUAUAAAUUGUACAAUUUUAUGACUGAUUAGUUGAUUGAUUGGUAUUACAUAAUCAACAUUAGAUUUUGUUUCAUUUUGACUUACUACUACUGUUUUGACAUUAUGCUUUCUGUGACACUACUAGUCAAAUCCACUAAAUACUCGGCGGUACUGUAUUUUUAUUCAGAGAGCUCUUGAUUUAGUUCAUUUAGUGGCGUUGACUAACAGUGACACAAAAAGCAUAAUGUCGAAACAGUAGUAGUAAAUCAAAAUGAAACGGAAUCUAAUGUUGAUUAUGUAAUACCAAUCAAUCAACUAAUCAGUCAUAAAAUUGUACAACUUAUUUAUAUAGUUUUAUGAUUAAUCCUAUGAUUCGUUUUCUCCUUGCCCAUCAAAGUUUUAUCUCCUUGUUAUUGCUUCUGUUUAUUUGAUGGUAUACCAAGUAAUCCUGUAAUUUUGUAAGCUAUAUUUCGUGUAUCCUCCCCUUCCCUAAUACUGAAACAACCUACUACUGUCUUCCUUAUAUAUCCUUUCUUUCCCGGUACACGCGGAUGAGUGCCAUAAUACUUCUUAAUAAACAGGUGAAGAUUUCUUGUUUUCAUGUGUCAUAUCCACGGUCCCCAGUACAUAAACCUCUUGCUAGUUUUUUUUGCACAGUUUUGCUGUUGUUCAUUCACUGAUGCUUUAUCCGAUAUUUAUGCGUGUGCCUGUACGCUUGUCCGCAUUUUAUAUACCUGUAGGCUAUGUGAAAGGAGCAAGACUAUUUAACUUUUGUCUAUCAUAUAUUUCAAUUGGUCAUUCUUAUUUAUGAUAAUGAUAGUAAUUAUUAUUACUAUUAUUAUUAUUGUUAUUAUUAUUGUUAUUAAACGUUUGGUUAAUUUUAUCUCAUUCUCUUCUCUUCAUUUUCUCUAUUUACAUAGCUCCGUUUUAACUUUUAUCCAUCAUUGUCUAUAAUUUAUUUAUAAUAAAAGAAAUAAAGAUUCAUUAGUGACAAUAGUGAUGAAAAUAACUAUCUUUUUAUAUUACGCUUGUUGACCAGUACUUUGGCCUAUCCUCCUUAUUGUGUAUAAAAUGUUCUAAACGAAUUGAAGCACAUAAUUUACAAACUGUUAAGUUGUGCGCUACUUCUAUUAUGUACGUGUUGGCUUCGUUGUAUCCACGGUCCUAUUGCAUAUACUUAGAAACGAGAAUCACUGCAAUUCACACUACGCAAAAUGAAUACUGUUUUGUUUUUAAUUUGAUGUCUAUCAUAAGGUCAAAUGUUUAAGAUAUGAGCUCUUAGGGAGUUUUAAAUUUAUGCUAAUAUUGUCACAAGGGUGUGUUGUUAAGUAAUUUAAAAAUUUAGUAAUUAAGAAAAUGGGUCAUUCAGGAAAAAAAAAAGAAUUCAAACAAUUUUUACUCAGAAUAUUCUGAUUUUAUUUCCCAGAUAACAAAUAAUCUACUCUUGACUUAAACUAUUCCAUUACACGUAGUGAUUUAAUACGUGCAAUUAAAUCAGAGAACCUGGCACCCGGAUUUAAGUCACACGUGAAUUAUGACAAUCUAUUGAAAAAAUGAAAUUCGAACACACGCCUAUCUUACUUCCGUUAAAAAAACCUAGUGAAAAUACACAAAAAUUAUUGUUCAAAAGUUUACCUAUUCACGCUAAAUAUCCAUAUCGGCAAUAAUGCAUAAAUCACAACUGUAUAUUUCGUCUUUUAUUAUAUAGAAAAAUGUUUCCGAGAUCAUUUAUACAUUGUGUUAACUUAAUCGUACAGAAAAUUUAAUUCUAUUAAAAAUAUUUCAUAUCUGAUUAAUUUGUAUCAAUGUAACAAUUGAAGAAAUUAGAAAUAAUAGUUUUCUAAUAUUUGUGUAUGUAUGAGCAUAAAUUAGUUGUUUAAACAAAACGUGUUAUCUCAUUAUCUUUGACAUAAAUUGUUCCGUUUUAAAUUCAUGGGGACGAAACAGACACGUACUUAUAGGCAUUCACAUACAAAUGAGAAAUGAUGACCAGUAGUUGAAGUGGAGCGUAGAUAAUAAAAAAGACCACUCAGGUUUGAAGCAGUUAGAAAUAACCGUUUCUGUACAUGGAGAACAACAGAAAUCAUUUAAUAUGUUGGGAGGGUAGCUAGCAGUAGAAUUUAAGACACAUUUCAUCCUAUUCUGCACUCAAUAGCUAGAUAUAUCUGGAUUUCGGAGUUGAUGUUCACAUUUAGACUUAGUGAAUCACAUUUCGGUAUAUGAAGUGGAAGAUACUAGGUUCGAGUCUCAGUGUAAGCAUCAACAAUAGGAUACAGAUACAUCCAACCGACGACUCCCAAAUAAGAUAGGACGUACGUCUUGGAUCCCACUGUUAGCCAUAAAAUGAUAUACUAA